AUGGCCACCGAACUAGACUUCUGCCGCUCUUUGCUAGAGAAAUUCCUCAAAUUCUACGAUGCAAACAAAGCUCCUUACAUCGAAAUCUUCCUCGAACCUGUCGACGAAAUCGCUGAUGACGCUCCUGGCUACUAUACCAAAAUCAAGCGCCCUAUGGAUAUCACCACCAUGGCUACUAACCUUAACAACGGGGCCUAUAUCGACAUCUGGUAA